UAUUAUUUUUUAUAUAUGUGUGUGUGUGUGUAUAUAUAUAUAAUUUUCAAAUAUGUGUGAACUACUGAUACGACCACUUAAACCACCGGUCCGACCAACCAGUGAACCAUGUGUCUAUUUGGUAUUUACCCUACGGGGGUAUAUAAGCUUUGGCAAUCCUUAUGAGUAAAUAAACAAGGAAUACUCUGUUUCGCCUUAGCGGAAGGUCAACCAGUAAUCGGGUCAUCUUCUCUGCCCGUUCCGGACGAUUACAGCUAUCAAAAUUGCUAUGAAGGGAAGUGUGGACCGGUGUCGUGCAGAUGUUAGGGAUCGGAUCAGCGAACUCCCGGUAGAGAUACUUGACCAUAUUAUGGGAUUUUUGCCUGUUCAACAAGCUGCUAAAACUGCAGUUUUGUCUAAGGUUUGGAGAGAUGUGUGGUUCAGUCUCACACGGUUGUGCUUUCAUGUCAUUGAUGAUAACUUCUUUAGGUAUUUUAAUCACAAGUAUCGAGCGGGUAGCGAAUGCUUAGAGGAAUCUUUACUUUUUUAUGUAAUCUCCAAAGUUCUCUUGGAACACAAGGGAUCUAUCCGGAAAUUUGAGUGUCGUCAUUCAUCGGCUCGGGCAGAAACGGUUAGGUCUCGAUCAUUUGACAUGGAUCAGUGGUUGUUGUUAGUCACACAACAAGGCGUUGAAGAAAUCUCCCUUCAUUUUGGGCUAAAUGAAUACAAGCUACCGGUUUGCAUAUUUUCGUGCUCAACACUCAGGAGAUUGGAUCUCUAUGGGCUGUUAAUUGAACCCCCACAAGAUUCCCAGUGCGCUUUUCCAAAUGUCACCUCGCUUAGUUUUAGAUGUGUUCAGUUCCGUUCUAGAAAUCCUUCAGGCUACGUUGUUGAUGUUCCUAAGCUGGAGAAUCUGUCAUUUAUUCAUUGUGAGGAUAUGUUUCUUUUUAACAUCAAUGCUAGAAAUCUAUGCACCUUGACAAUCGAGUGUUGGUAUACUACCCAAUUGGGCAAAUUUCUCCCGGAAAACUUGGACUUGAGAUCUAUUCGCACUCUUGAAAUGGACAAUUACACUCUCCAGGAUUUUCUUGGCCAAUAUACUACAAAUGGAAUUGCACUACAACUGCCCUUACUAAACGUGGAACUACUCAAGCUAUCAGAAUUUUGUUUCCUUGAUAAUGCUAUUGCUAGGGUUUCUGCUUUUGUAUGCUUGCUGUGCAGAUGUCCAAAGUUACGCAAUCUUGAAAUUAAAUUUGAAUCUCGGUGUGUGGAGGAUGUAUACAAGUUUAUAGAUACUACAUCGAGGGAUUUGAAAAAAUCUCCGUUGUGUUUUACGGAGGCACAAGACGCUUUUAUCUUUGAAGAUUAGCUCAUUCAAAGGACUGAGGCCCCAACUGCAUUUCAUUAAGGAGAUGCUUGCAUGUCUUCCAGCACUUGAAAAGGUUGUCAUUAUUUGUUUGCCUCCUAUGUUCGGUUGGAACACAAAACGUGACAUUUUGGAUGAAAUUUUGCAUUUUCCGUGUGCCUCCCCCAAAGCGAAAAUCGCUUAUCACUGAUCUUGUCAAGUUGAAUCUACCACUACAAAUUACUUUCAUUGUUGUGGUUAAUGGCAGGAUUUUUUUUUUUGUUAAGUAUUUGAAUCUUGUAUGAAUGACUUUGACAUGCCAAAUGGAUGACUUUCCAGCCAAAUGCAAUAAAAAUUAAACUUUCUU